CCCGACCCAAAAAAAGGAAGGAAGGAAGGAAUGCAAGUGUAGCGAGGAGCGAUUGAGAGAGAAAACUUUAAAACUUCAAAUCAAACACAAACGCGCAGCAAUCCGAGAGAGAAACCGAGAGAAAGCGCGCUGCUUCUGCACAAAACUGAAAUUAAAGACAUUUCGGCAUCAUCAGAAACUUAAUGCAGAGCGGCGUGUCUCUGCAGCAUUCACACUUUAAAAAAACCAAAAAGUAUCUGGCUUACAAAGAGCGGGACACACAGCUCGCAAACACGGGGAUAUACUGGAAAGACUAGCUCGAUUACAGACUUCAAAAAAAGAGAAACGCACAGAGAGAGACACGAACCAUGGCCGGACUGAACAGCAUAGAAGCGGUCAAGAGAAAAAUCAAAGUUUUGCAGCAGCAAGCGGACGAGGCGGAGGAGAGAGCCGAGACUCUGCAGCGGCAGGUGGAAGUAGAGAAGCAGGCGAGAGAGCAGGCUGAGGCUGAGGUUGCCUCUCUGAAUCGGCGCAUUCAGCUGGUAGAGGAGGAGCUGGACCGAGCCCAGGAGCGCCUCGCCACAGCGCUGCAGAAACUGGAGGAGGCAGAGAAGGUAGCGGACGAGAGCGAGAGGGGUAUGAAGGUGAUUGAGAAUCGCGCCCUGAAGGACGAGGAGAAGAUGGAGCUGCAGGAGAUCCAGCUGAAAGAGGCCAAGCACAUCGCAGAGGAGGCCGACCGCAAGUAUGAGGAGGUGGCCCGUAAGCUUGUGAUCAUUGAGGGUGAUUUGGAGCGCACUGAGGAGAGAGCUGAGGUGGCUGAAUCCAAAGCCAGGAUGUAUGAGGAACAGCUGAGAGGAUUCGACCAAUCAUUGAAGUCCCUCCAGGCAUCUGAGGACAAGGUAGAGCCUUCCUGUAGCAGACUAUACCACUUUGCAUUCAGGGGUGGGGGUGUCCACUGUACCACUUGUUUUCAGGGGGUGGAGGGGUAUUUUUAAUAGACAUGUGCUGUG